AUGGAUUCCCCCUUGUACCUCUCUGGGUGGGCUGGCCUUUUGGGCCAUGCCAAUAGCCCAGACACCUUCUCCGUGCUGAAUAUGUAUAUUCUGCAUGAGUAUUGUGUCUUCUUUCGUCUUCAGGGAGUCCUGGGACGCUACAAUAUCGUCUCGCCCCAAGUAUUUGAAAUCGGAUGUGGAGAAAGUGGUAAUCAGCGUGAAUUAGCCCGUCAGAAAAACCAACAAAAACAAAAGGAGAACCAAAAAAAGGUUGGUUCUAAGGACAAGGCCGGCAACAAAGGCCUUACCCUAGAGGAACGUCGCCAAAGGGACGCUGCCGCUCUUCAAGCUAAACAGGCGAAGAAGAAUAGCGAGUUGCAGCAAAAUGCCUAG